GCAUAUUUUGUAGCUCUUUGCCAUUCACGCUCUAACUUUUUCACUUUCAUUCUCUUUCUAUCUCCAUCCGAAUGUCUCUUUUGAUGAUUUCAUUCAUCGCUAUCUCACGAUACUGGGUAAAAAUGCGCUCUGACAGCAGUCAACGUAGAGCUCUCGCUUAGCUUAGCUGCUUUUCGAUACUGACAGCUAAAGUUAAAGUGAAAAUCGAAUUUAGAAUCAUAAACUCGCAAAAACCCAGUUCAUUGACAUUCAUAAUGGCUAAAGAACCAUGUACCAUCAAGUCGUGGGCAAUUGUUAUAGCCCUAAUUAAUGUGUUCUACUCGUUAAUAUACAUGGGAAUCGAAAUCGCCAAUGUUUUGAAUGAAAUAGCAGAAAUUGAGAUGAUGGUGGUAUGGAUUAUGUUGUACACUUUCAAUUUUUUGAUAAACCUAUUCUUUACUGGGAGAAAAGGCGAUUGGCAGAAAGCCUUGGUUGUUAUUUGGUUUAUUAUUACGUCAAUUGUAUACAUCCUUCGACUCGUGUUCAUCAACUAUAGCGUCUUGGGAAAUAAAAACUUGAUAUUCGCAAUUUGUAUAAAUGUUUAUAUACCAUUUACACUCGUUAUUGAAUCAUUACUCUAUUAUCAAUUGGCGAAUCCAACUACAGAUAUUAGUAGCUGCUUAUGUGGGCUCAAAGGAAGAAGAUCGAAUGUAAUGCCGGAAACAAUUGGGCAAGUCAUUGUUGAAGAUCUAUCACAAAGCCUUCAUUGUACUUCAGCCCCAAAUAAUACCAACUUAAGCAGUUGCUCUCAGAAUACGAUCAGAACGCCAUAUAAUGUUAUGAACCCUCCAGAUUACAACAAUGUUGUGGCUGGUCAGAAUACUCACUUAUUAAACUCGAAGAAUUAAUACUGAUACAAUUAUAAAAAUAAUAUAGAUUAACACUGUCAUAAAAGUAUUGGAAAUGUCAAGGACUACAAUGGACCUUAAAAGGAAAGCGACAAUCUGGAUAUAAUGCCAAUGAAAAUGCAAAAUUAAAUUGAAAUAAACUUUUAUCAAUACUGAAAUAAUACCUCAAUCUCAGGUGUGAUUGUUUUCACUUACUCCUUUUUGUAAUUAUACUUAACAAUAAAUAAAUAAACAUAAAUUAAU